CUCAGGUCAGCUGUCAUCAAACAAAUCAAUAAACUAAAUCGCGAUUUAAUUUGCAAUUUAACACUAAUUAACGUUUCCUAUCCGCAAUGCCGAAACAGAAAAACUAUUGGUGCACGUAACUGUGUUUUUCAAAUGCAGUUUUAGUGAACAUUUUCAGGUGUAAACCCGUAAUUCGUUUUGAGGCCUCUCGUAACGCUUCAGUGGUUGUUUAGGCCGGAAAUGUCGGUUUUACUUGUGUAUUUCUUGUUAAAAACUGUAUAAUGGACUUGUCUCCGGAUGAGGACAACUUCCAAGGCCGCCUCCUGCAUCAGGCAGCCUUAUGGGAUAACCUAGAGCUACUCCAAGAGCUGCUCUCAAGCGGUGCAGAUGUCAACGCUCGGGACUGCAGCAGCCGCAGCGCACUGCAUGCCGCUGCACUUGCAGAGCGCUCUCGGUGUCUGUCUGCGCUCUGCUCUGCGGGGGCGGAGAUUGAUGCUAAGUCUGAUGAAGCUACUGGGGGCAAGACAGCCCUCCACAUAGCAGCAGAACGCGGCCACUUCGAGAAUGUGAAGACUUUACUCAGCGCAGGCGCAUCGCUCAGUAUACUGGACGCUCACGGCAACACCGCGCUCGCACUCGCCGAGCGCAACAGCUGGCGACACGCCGCGCAUGCGCUGAGAGAGGCUCGAGAUGCUCUAGAACGCGAACGCCUGUCGCAGCACGCAGCACUUAGAGAGCUUGUCUCUCGCGGCGACUGCGCCCAGCUUAAAGCUCGGUUGAGCGCGCUCGGCAACCGCGCUGGCUUGAUAGCGAAUCUAACGCCUGGAGGAGCUAAUACUUUGCUUUAUGUAGCAUCAGAAGCCGGUCUCACCCAAGCGGUCUCCUCCCUCCUAGACGCGGGCGCGGACGGACGCGCUCACCCGGUGACAAAGUACUGCCCGCUAUACAUCGCCUGCUACCACGGACACGCGGACAUCGCCAGGCUGCUGCUCGCCUCCUUCCCGCAAGCUGUGAAGCAAGAGACGGUAGAAAAAUGGCUGCCUCUCCACGCGGCGUGUAUCGGCGGUCACGCAACGAUGGUCACCUUGCUACUAGAAUACCCGUAUCCUGAUAGCGUGCUCACUACUUAUACCGACGCUACGGGACAGUGGCAGUACUCGGCGGCGUUCGAUGUGAACGCGCGUGACGUCAGCGGUCAGACCGCGCUGUACGUCGCGUGCACUCUUGGGAACUUGGCAGUCGUUGAUGCGUUGUUGUCGCAUACGGUCGUCGCUUUGCCUGCUCCUAAGCCUGAUCAGGAUUCUGAAGAAACCGUGGUAGCUACUCAAGCGUUGAGUCCACAUCGCGGCGGCAUCUCACUCGGCAUACAUGCUAUUGUCAGCAAGUUAACUGGAUCUUCCGGGAAUAAUGAGAAGUCCUCAGAGCGGCGUAUAUGCCCGGUGGUGGUGGAAGCUGGGAGGGGGGGCGACGCGUGCGUCUCUUGCGCUGCGAGGGGGGGGCAUGUCAGGCUGCUGAAGAGGCUGUUGGCUGCUGGUGCUGAUGCUAACGCUUCUGCGUUGCCUCCGGCUGAUUUGAUGGGCGGUAGCGACGGUACUCGGGACCGUCGUCGCUCCCGCAGUGCGUCGGCCGCGGUCACAGCACGAGGCUCCGCCGGCCCCUCGCCCGCGAGACCUGCUUAUAAUAACGAUAGAGACAGUCCCUGGACAGCGCUCUCAAUAGCAGCCCGAGCCAAGAACGUGCAGAUAGUAGAACUACUCCUGCAGCACGGCGCCACCGACCCGCACUGCCGCGCGAUCCGAGAGUGCAGCAGACACUCUCUCACCGAGCUUCUGGCUAAGCUGCUCGCUACUAAGGCCUACCCCGACCCGGACUACAAGCUGAACAAAUCGAUGAUAUCUGAAGCGCUAUUCAGCAGUCGGUCAGGUGACUCCGCGCUGACGUACAGUUCUCUCUGUCCCACUGUCGCUGUCAUGCUCAACUGGAGAGAGUUGAGAGCCCAGCUCGCUACUAUACGCAUGUCCUGGCUCCGUCAAGCAGCUCUCCGUGUCAACAGUAAGCUGAGCAGCAGUUCCGGAGCCCUGCACGCUCUCACCAGGAUAGAUCUAUCCAACAAUGAGUUACGACUGCUGCCUCCUGAACUCUUCACCAUGCUGAGCUUGAGGUACUUAAACGCAGCCCAAAACAAACUAGAACGUCUCCCAACCCUCGAGGAUCCGUUCGAAGAAGAUCUGGACAGCAAGAGACGGAAGAAGAAGUCGAAGACCAGACCCGAGCUGUACUCCGCGCCUGUGCUGCAGGAGUUGUAUUUGCAGGACAACCGCCUCGAAGAACUACCAGCUCUCCUAUUCCGUCUACCCAGUCUCUCAACUCUUGACGUGUCAAACAACAAGCUUCGAGCCCUCCCAGCUGCCAUGUGGAGUGCCCCAGCGCUGAGGGACCUGAAUGUAGCCCUCAACCAUCUGCGGGACCUGCCCCAGGGCUGCGAGGGUCAAUCAGAAUGCGGUAGUCCCCAGCAGCUGGCUUCACCGUCGGAGACUUCGCCCCAGCUUAGCGCUUCGCCCUCUAUAGGCAGCGCUCAGUUCGCUAUGGCUACACAGUCUAAAUCAUCAUCGCGCAGCCCGUCGAUAGAGCGCAGUGAGUCGGAAGCCGCUGAUGAUGAUGAUGAUGAAGCUGUGCCCGUGCUCAGCAACCGCGCUGGGAAUGCUGUCUGGUCGGAAGCUCGUCGCGCGCACACGUGGCGCGGCGUGGUGGAGGGCGGCGCCCCCCCGCGAGGCGGAGCACCGCUGGCGAGCCUCAACCUGGCGCACAACCAGUUCAGCUGCGUGCCCGCCGCGCUCGCCUGCAGGGCCACUAACCUCACUAGGCUUAAUAUGGCUUAUAAUUCUUUGAGGUCUAUGUCAUACGUGACCGCCUAUCCUACGAGUUUGCGGCAGUUGGAUCUUAGUCACAACGAAAUUACAUGCUGGCCUAGUUUACCUCAAGUGGAAAAUUUCGGCUCAACCGAAGGGGAUCCUCUAGCAUGCUACUGUCCCAACUCGGCGAACAACGUGAGGUCCCGUCCCAGGUCUGGUGGCUCCGUCAGGUCACAACUCCUCAGCGCUGCCUGUCCUGCUAGAAGACAUCUGCGGCUUGAAGGCUUGAGGACACUGAUCCUGGCGAACAACCUUCUGACUCGCAUCCAACUGACGACUGAUGAUGAUGGGUUAACAUCAGCAGCUCAAGAUGACUCUACUAAUGACGAAGAUGAUGAAUGGAACACGGGUUCCUCCCUCAAGACUCGUCUGCUAUUCCCCCUGCUAUCGAUGCUGGACGUGUCCUGCAACCUGCUGCGCGGCAUCCCGCCGGCCAUACACGAGCUCACCAACCUGUCCGUGCUCAACAUCAGCGGGAACAAGGACAUAUGCUCGCUGCCGCCACAAAUGGGCCUGCUCUCGCGCCUGUGGAACCUGAACACGGUGGGGUGCUCGCUGCAGGAGCCGCUGCGCUCCAUGCUGCAGUGCGGCAGAUACAAGAGCAUGGAUAUAGUGGGCUACCUCAAGUCCGUGCUGCAGGAGGCGCGUCCUUAUACCAGGAUGAAGCUCAUGUUCGUUGGGUUGCAGGGAAUAGGCAAAACCAGUUUGCUAGAGUGUCUGAGGCAAGAAUCUGCUAUACAACAUCGGAGAAAACCAACUGAGCACUGGGCAAAACGCAUGGGUAACAAAUCCUCCCGUCGCGGCAACGUAUCAACCGUCGGCGUGGAUAUAGGCACCUGGGUGUAUGAGAAGCACCGCUCUAGUAGAGGACCUAUCACUUUCAGGACUUGGGACUUUGGGGGGCAGCAAGAGUACUAUGCGACUCACCAGUACUUCUUAUCGCGUCGCUCACUGUACCUCGUGGUGUGGCGCGUCACCGACGGCAGGAAGGGGCUCGCCGGAGCACUCGACUGGCUCAGGUCUAUACAAGCCCGCGCCCCAGGUUCGCCUGUCAUCAUGGUCGCUACUCAUUACGAUCAAGUUUCUAAUUGUAACCAACCAGAAAGUGAGAGCCCCGAGGUGCUACAACGCAUCAUUCGCUCGUCCAUCAUGGGAGCUCCGGACGCCGACAAACUGGGCCUGCCCCGCGUCUUGGACUCUGUUGAGGUUUCCUGUAACACUCGACAUAAUAUAAGACUGUUGGCUGAUAUCAUAUACUCCGUAGCCUUCAGCGUCAAACCCCCAGGCAGCAAAGAACCUCUACUAGAACAACGAAUACCAGCGACGUACCUAGCGCUAGAGGAGUGCGUGACAUCACUCGCCGCUGAUCUCAGAGAGCCGGUGUUGAAACACGAUGAGUAUAGGAAAUUGGUGACUCAAUAUAUGCAACAAAAGAAUCAUCGGAUGUUCAGAGAUGCAGCCGAGUUACAUCAGGCAACCAUGUUUUUACAUGAAAAUGGUGUCCUACUACACUACGACGAUGCUACGCUAAAGGAGCUAUACUUCUUGCGUCCUCAGUGGCUGUGCGAUGUACUCGCUCACGUUGUCACCGUCAGAGAGAUAAACCCUUUCGCUAAUAACGGAAUAAUGAAGAUCGAGGACCUAGCCCACGUGUUCAAGGCAUCCCCGAUGCUGGCACGUGGAGAUGAAGCCAGUUCGCUGGGGGUGUCGCUACUGAACAAGUUUGAGCUGGCGCUGUGCUGGGACUCCAGGCUGCUGCUGGUGCCGCCGCUGUUGCCGCAAGCGGAGCCAGUGCAGCAUCAGCUACCAGUCCGCUCUCGUUCCUGGAGCAGUUCCAACCGCGGUACUCCUCGUCGCGCGUGGCCCGCACAGCUGACCUCCGUGCCUGAGAGCAGAGGGACUGAGUCACCUACUCUUAUACAAGAAUCCUGGCACAAGCUGUCAGUAUCAGGUCGCGGCGGUCUGCCGCUGCGGCGGCUGUUGAUGCUGUCGUACGUGCCGUGCGGCUUCUGGCCGAGGCUGUGUGCGCGGCUGCUGGCUGAUCAGCAGCUGGCCGAUGCCCCUUAUACGUUGUAUAAGUUGCCGCCGGAGUUGGAAGUAGACGAGACAAUAUCCAAAGCCCUAGAACUAUCCUGGGGCUGGAAGCUAUGGCGCAGCGGGGCCCGGGUGUCCACCGGGGCCCUGACCAUGCUGUCUCUCCGGGAGUUGCCGCCCAGGCGGGACGCGCUGCUACCGGGGCCCGCUGACGAUGAGCCGUCGGACGACCUGUAUCAUAAUGUCAGGUUCAGAAUACGUCAGGAAGGUACCUGGUGUGAGCUGGACGUGCAGUCCUCAGCUUGCGUGGAAAUCUACCUUCCGGCUCAGGUGUGCGUGAUUCGAAGAGAUGAUGGACUGCCUAUAGCUGGGUAUCAGAGCAUCAGCUUGGAGCCCCAUCAUGAGACCCUCGCCAAAGUGCUGGCUCUAGUGUCAGACCACAUGGAUCUGCUGCUGGAAGACUGGUAUCCUUCCCUCGGUACCCGUUUCGUCCACACAUCAGAAGGCCGCUGCCUUAUAACUCGCAUAGUGCCGUGUCCCGAAUGCCUGCGCCCGCAGCCGCAACCGCCGCCCGAGCACGACCCGCAAUUAGCUCAGGCAUUCAGAAGACUAGAGCUAGGGGCGGCGGAACCAAGGCGAUUGCGAUUGUCGGAAGAGUCCAGGACUUCGGAUGGCGACAGCGGGGUUGGCGCUGAGUCUAAUGCAUCAUCCCGCCUCGGUUCAGUAGAAGGCAUAGUGAACCCAGACGGACAGACAUACAGCAUAGCCACAGCAUGGACAGUAGAACAGUGCAUCCUAGCGGGCUGCAGCAACACGCGCCUGCAGUGCCCCACGCACGCGCAGCUGCUGCAGCGAGGAGCCGUGGCGCCCGAUACUCUCCUCCUCGACGUAGAAGAAUCCAAACGGGCCCGCUGGGAGCACAUCUCCCGUGGCGCGGUGGCGGGGCGUGGCGCGUUCGGCACGGUGCUGGCGGCCACGUGGCGCCCCCCCGGCGCCAGCGCCAUCGACGUGGCGCUGAAGGCUUUGCAGCCAGUCCCGCCACCCGCCAGCAGUGAUGCGGCUGCUCAUCAUGCUUAUAAGGCAGCGUUAUCCCGGUGGGAACGCGAACCGACUGCAGCAGCUUGCCGCGCAUACUGCGGGCUGCGCCAGGAGCUGUCGAUCCUCAGCCAGCUGAAGCACCAGCACGUGGUGCCGCUGCUGGCUGUCUGCGCUGCUCCGCUCGCGCUGCUGCUGGCACUGGCUCCUGCUGGAGCACUAGACAGCGUGCUCCGCAGCUACCGCGAGUGCGGCGCCCGCCUCCGCGUGACCGUCGCGCGGGCACUCGCGCUGCAAGUGGCGCGGGCGCUAGAGUACCUGCAUGCGAGACGCGUCGUGUAUCGGGAUCUUAAGGUAACAUAUACACGGUGCAAGUAGCUUGCGCAUGUUGAGGCACAUGCGCAGGUUACAUGCAUCACACAGCGCAUGCAUCACUCGCGCUGCAAGUGGCGCGGGCGCUAGAGUACCUGCAUGCGAGACGCGUCGUGUAUCGGGAUCUUAAGGUAACAUAUACACGGUGCAAGUAGCUUGCGCAUGUUGAGGCACAUGCGCAGGUUACAUGCAUCACACAGCGCAUGCAUCACUCGCGCUGCAAGUGGCGCGGGCGCUAGAGUACCUGCAUGCGAGACGCGUCGUGUAUCGGGAUCUUAAGGUAACAUAUACACGGUGCAAGUAGCUUGCGCAUGUUGAGGCACAUGCGCAGGUUACAUGCAUCACACAGCGCAUGCAUCACUCGCGCUGCAAGUGGCGCGGGCGCUAGAGUACCUGCAUGCGAGACGCGUCGUGUAUCGGGAUCUUAAGGUAACAUAUACACGGUGCAAGUAGCUUGCGCAUGUUGAGGCACAUGCGCAGGUUACAUGCAUCACACAGCGCAUGCAUCACUCGCGCUGCAAGUGGCGCGGGCGCUAGAGUACCUGCAUGCGAGACGCGUCGUGUAUCGGGAUCUUAAGGUAACAUAUACACGGUGCAAGUAGCUUGCGCAUGUUGAGGCACAUGCGCAGGUUACAUGCAUCACACAGCGCAUGCAUCACUCGCGCUGCAAGUGGCGCGGGCGCUAGAGUACCUGCAUGCGAGACGCGUCGUGUAUCGGGAUCUUAAGGUAACAUAUACACGGUGCAAGUAGCUUGCGCAUGUUGAGGCACAUGCGCAGGUUACAUGCAUCACACAGCGCAUGCAUCACUCGCGCUGCAAGUGGCGCGGGCGCUAGAGUACCUGCAUGCGAGACGCGUCGUGUAUCGGGAUCUUAAGGUAACAUAUACACGGUGCAAGUAGCUUGCGCAUGUUGAGGCACAUGCGCAGGUUACAUGCAUCACACAGCGCAUGCAUCACUCGCGCUGCAAGUGGCGCGGGCGCUAGAGUACCUGCAUGCGAGACGCGUCGUGUAUCGGGAUCUUAAGGUAACAUAUACACGGUGCAAGUAGCUUGCGCAUGUUGAGGCACAUGCGCAGGUUACAUGCAUCACACAGCGCAUGCAUC